AUGAAUUUGAGUAUAUUUUUGAUAAUAUUAGGUUUUACAGAAUUGGUAUUUAGUUCAAGCAUUACGUAUAAUACGGAAGAUGAUUCUUGCCACGUUUGUACACUCUCAUAUUUUCGUCGUAAACGUGCAUUAUCAGAAUAUACAAGGUGGUACACUAAUUUAGAAACAACACAAGAAUUCAUUGUUAAAGUUUUAGACGAAGAUGUAUCUACCGCCAAAAAACCUAUCGCGGCUGUGAAUAUCCAACCAUCUACUAAAGCUCAAGAAAAAAUAAUUAUUGGUGGAGCUAUAGUACCAUCUCCAACUACAGGAUUUACUUUAGACCCUUCAAAUGAAUAUACACGAUUUGUCCCUCCAACUACUCUUACUGUGACAAAAGUCGAUGGAAACGUAGUAUUAGCACCGAUAAAACCAUUUAGUAAAGUAAUUCCACCAAUACGACCGAAAGGUAUUGAAAUUAAGCAUGGCUCAGGGCGACAUCCACAGCGUGAUGAAAGUCCACCAGCUAGUCCUCAAUUUCUACCAAGAUCUCAACCACUUCUACCACGACAAUAUGCACCUAUAGCACCGGUGUCUUUUACGCGUCGUCAUACAAUUGGUCCUCUUACUCCACGUACGGUGGAUAAUUUUAUAUUGCGUAAAACAACUUUGAGGCCUACAAGGACUUUCUCUUACCCAGAUAUUGAAAUGCCCACGAGAACGUCAACAUUUAGAAAUUUGUUUUCUUUUGAAUAUACUUCGAAAUUGUUUGACGAUUCAAAGCCUUCACGGACAACUCCAUCGAUUCAAAUUAACCCUCAUCUCACGUCAUUAAGAGCCCACGCAGAAGCAGAUGAUAAUGAAGAUUCUAAAAUGCUUGAUACUGAAGAUAAAAGAAAAACUAAUCAAUAUAUUUUUUUUGAAUCAGCCAAUAAGACUUUUGAGAAAGAAAAUCAGUUAUUUUACAAUGAUUUAUUUUAUAAUGACGAUGAUGAAACAGAGAGCUCUAAAGGCCAGAAAAGUACAACAGAAAAUGAAGACAAUAUUGACAGUGUCAAACCUGUUAAAGAUGUAUCAGAAAAUGUUCUCUACUCCGACAUUUCUACUAAUAGUCAUGAUAAAGAUGAGACAGGCAAAAAUUAUGAAGAUGAGGACGAACUAGAGAAUGAAAUUGUUAAUACUACUGGUAAAUCUAUAUUUGGAGUUGCAACCAUAAAAGUUCUAAAUAAUGUACAGAAUAUUUCCACUGACAAAAAACGUCCAAUCUGCAGCGUCUUAAGAUCAAAUCCCCUUACUUUUAGUACACCACUAACUUUACAUGAGAUAGUAUUGCAAUUAAAACAAUGGGCGGAGGAAAGUUCUAUUGCUAAACGGCUGGAUAUCACAAAUGGAAAUUAUACCGUUAUGGAAAAUCCAAUCUAUAUGAUGAUAGUUGACGAUCCAAGUAGUGGCCAAACUGUUUCUGCUAAAAAAACUGUCAUGAUCGUUGCAGGGAUUCAGGGAAAAGAUCACCAUGCAGUAACAGCUGCAAUGUAUGUUUUAUACCAAUUAAUUGAACGUAGUGAAGCCCGCUCCGAUCUGCUGACAAAAUUUCGUUUCUGGAUUAUUCCUGUUUUUAAUCCUGAUGGAUAUGACUAUUCAAUGACAUUUCCAAAUCGAAGAUAUUGGUCUAAGAAUUUACGACAGUCAUGGGAUACUUGCAAAGGACGUGAUACGUGCCGAUCUUGUGAAGAAUUUGGUCUCAGAUGCACAAUACAGCCCUGUUAUGGUGUCAAUCUCGAUCGCAAUUUUGAAUACCAAUGGAUACCCCCAGAAGAGUUGCGCGCUGAACACCCAUGUGGGUCGCUGUAUGCUGGCCCUAGGCAACUAAGUGAAACAGAGACAUAUGCCUUAACACACUUCCUUCACGAACAUCGGACACCGCUUUUCGCCUUCAUUGCAUUUAAGGAAGGCGAAGUUCUUAGACCACGUGCUUCACGAGCUGCGUCCGCCGCUUUCAGUAUAAGCGGUCGUAUGUACGUAGCUGGACAAACGUCGGAAUUUUUACCGCUUUAUGCGGGCGGCAUUGAAGAUUGGGUGGAUGGACAUUUAGGAAUAGACAAUACUUACACGGUAAUGAUGUUUCGACCCAACGAUGUUCAAAACUCUAAACUUGCGAUGGAGCGUGUUGUCCACGAAGCUUACGCAGCCGUUGACACCUUACUCCUGCAAAGCAUUGAGCCAGUCGGACCGCCUCAAGUAACACUGACUAGCGAUAAGGCGUCACAAUCAGCCGUCCCUUCAAAAGGCUGUGCCAUUAUAGUUAUUUUCGCUAUACAGUAUAUUAGAUAUGGCUAAAAAGGUUGCUGGAUCCUGAUUGUGAUUGUGAUUUCAGCUAGGAACUAAGAGUUUGUCUGUUAUUUGUUGUCUUUGGCAAUUAUAGGAUUGAUUAUGUAUAUUCAUCAUAAAUAAAUUAAACUUCAAUAAUUCAAGUUUAUGUAUAUGAAAUCCCGACAACAUUU